AUCUCCCCCACGCAGCCGCCGUCUCCAAUCCAUCCCCCCUCUCCUCCUCCUCCUGCCCGCCUCUGUUCGUCGCCAACACCGGCAGCAAGCCGCAGCACCACCACCCAAGGAGAACGAAACCCAUCUUUGAAGCAAUGGCGAAGAACCCCAAGGUAUUCUUCGACAUCCUGAUCGGCAAGGCCAAGGCGGGCCGCGUGGUGAUGGAGCUGUACGCGGACAAGGUGCCCAAGACGGCGGACAACUUCCGGUUCCUCUGCACGGGCGAGAAGGGCCUGGGCAAGAGCGGCAAGCCGCUGCACUACAAGGGCUCGGCGUUCCACCGCAUCAUCCCGGGCUUCAUGUGCCAGGGCGGCGACUUCACCCGCGGCAACGGCACCGGCGGCGAGUCCGUCUACGGCGCCAAGUUCGCCGACGAGAACUUCGCGCUGCGCCACACGGGGCCCGGCGUGCUCUCCAUGGCCAACGCGGGCCCCCACACCAACGGGUCCCAGUUCUUCAUCUGCACCGCGGCCACGCCCUGGCUCGACGGCAAGCACGUCGUCUUUGGGCAGGUCGUGGACGGCUACGGCGUCGUGCAGAAGAUGGAGGCCGUCGGCUCCGGGGACGGCAAAACGGCGGAGCAGGUCGUCAUCGAGGACUGCGGCCAGAUCGCCGACGAGUAGUUUAGGGCGUGCUUUGUAUUGAAUUAAAUUAAAUAAGUUUGCAGAUCGAAUUCCAAGGUGUUUGAUGCUAGUAUUACUUGGUUGAAUUACCUUGUUGAAAUUUUCUGUAGAAACAGUUGGUAGGUAGUAUAUCAAGUUCACACGCUAAUUUAAGGCUGAUGAUGUUGUUCGGAUGGCUAAAUGUUAAUAUUUGCUGCCUUCUGAGGCCUUUGUUUGCGGCCUCUGUUUUGUUGCGGUUUAUCUUCUUCUUUGGCAGCUGUAAGCCUGUAACAGAAAGAUGGCGAGAGCGUAUAUCUAUUUUGAAACCUUAGUUA